AUGGCCCAACUCCUCAGGCGAGGCGUGAGGACCCUCACAUGGACCCGAGUCCUCCCUCGCCAGUCGCGACAACCUGCGUCAUCGCAUCGCGGUGCACAAGCAAGAUACGUCCAGAUUCGUGCCGCACCCACGGAACGACCUGCGGCAGUCAACGGGAGCAACUUGGCCAUUGUUGAUACCCCUAGCUCAGCUGAGUCUGCUGAUGCGCGAUUCGAUGUCGUCGGAGCACCCUACUCGUUACUAUCGGUUUCGCUUUCGGCCUCGCAGAACCUCUAUACACGGCGGGGAACGCUGGUAGGACUGAGCGGCAAAGCGGAUAAUGUGAUCUCAACCUUGAGUGUAUUGGAGCCCUUCCGCCGAGCUCCCGUUGGUGUGCCAUUCCUAUAUCAAAAGGUUUCCUCCGCUAGCCCCGUUACUGCCCUAAUUUCCACUCGAUCUCCUGUUACAUCGUUCGCCGUCGUUCAUCUCAAUGGCUCCGUGGACUGGAUGGUGGCCCAAAGACGCGCACUGCUGGCUUGGACUGGUCGUUCGUUGACUAUUCGACCGACAAUCAACACAAGUCUGGUUCGUACCCCUGGUUGCGUGGAAAGAAGCCCGGCUAAUUUCAUGAAGAGUGUCGCUCAUUGGGGUAGCUCUGAGGUCACCGGAAGAGGGCUGCUUGCAUUGGUUGGAAGCGGUCAAUUAUACUCCGUUGAGUUAAAGGCUGGUGAGCAAUACGUUGUACAUCCUAGUAAUGUCGUGGCCUACUCCAUGGGCUCCAACCCCCCUCGCCCUUACCGCUUCAAGUCCACGACCUUGAAAUUCCAGGUUCCAGGACUAAAGAGCCUCCCGGCGUUGGUUCAAAACACACAAUUUAUCAAAUCCAUGGCAGAUACGGAUGCGUGGAAAACAGCCAUGAAGGUCUUCCAUAGACUGCGAACAUGGUCGCGGAGGACGAUCUGGGGAGACAGAUUAUUCCUCCAAUUCAAUGGGCCCUCAACCAUCCUUCUGCAAUCUCGCGGAGCCCGAGUCAACGAGAUCCUGAGCAGCCGCGAGGUUGAUGAACUUGCUAGUGCACCUCGAGGCCUGACAAUCCUCCCCACAGAAUCAGCCGAGCAGCAAGCCACUAGUGCGGGCGAAUCUGCAGCUAAGAACGCUCCUGGCUCAAGAACAAUUGGGGAAAUUGAGCAAGAAAUUGAGGGCGUCAGCCAAAGUAUCGCAGUGCUCACCAAGGAAGGAAAGGUGACAUUUGAGAAGCCAACCCAGACGAGCUAA